AUUCCCUAUCUAGAUUGCUUAUUUCGAAAGCGGUUGUUUCGUUUUAAGUUCAAGGUUAACCACAUGCAAAAAAAAGUGCAGUGUUUUGACGUUUCGCAAUGAAUUCAAUGCUCAUGAAUGUAAACAAUGGAGCUGUAAGCAAAUGAGACGCUUCGCAUAUCAGGGAACGCGCAAUUUCAAUUAGUUUCACGUCGACUGUAAUAGUACAAACUAGUGAAAUACAAUGUUUGGUUUUUUCGGAGGUGCUAAAAAACCGUUAAAAGGAUACAAAAUUACAACGAUCGAACGAAAGCAAAAAUAUGGUGUUGCGGCCGAUUCAUUAAAAAUGUUGAAGGACAAGGCGUCUGCCAAGUUGAAGAUCGAAAAUUCACGAGUAUAUUUGGCAAAAGAUGGAACCGAAGUCGAAGAUGAAGCAUAUUUCGAGACAAUUGAGCCACAGACACUGUUUGUAAUUGCGUCGGCAGAAACAUACGUGAAAACUGAUUUUCAACUGAUGUAUGAAGCCAUUCGAAGUGUACAUGGCAGCACUUUCGAAACGGCCGAUGCAAUCCGCCACUUCAUCACGGAAAAUCGAAGUGAAUUUGACAAAUUUGUUGAGGAAUAUGGAACAACAGCCAAGCAAACGAUUGAAAAAACCCGGGCAAGUCAGCGAAACGAGCAUAUUGAAUGGUUUGAAGGAGUUCCUAUGACGUUGAGGACGAAAGAGGAUGUAAUGUCACGUCGAUCGCAGGACCGCAUUCGUGGUUACUAUUACAAAGCUAAGGAAGAAUUUCAAAAAUCAUCCAUUUAUCGAACAAACACCGACGCACGUCAAUUGAUUGAUGAAAUGUUGGGAAUAUUCCAAUAUUUUUUGAUUGGUGUCGACUACUUCAGUUCAUUGUUCAAUAGAAAGUGGGAGAAUCGACAUAGAUCAGUGCUUCAGAAGAAUGACGACAUUGAUGGGACAAAAGCACCACCAAGAAAGAAAGCAAAAGUAGCCGCAAUACGGGAAAUUAUACACGAUGACACAACCUUGAAAGUUGACUAUUAUGUUUCCCUUUGUAAUGAAUUGGGAGACUUUCAAUGCCAUGGAAUUUGGUGUAACGAUCGAUGUCGAUAUGACAACCACAGAAUAAACCCGUAUGCGAGCCGAGAGAAUGUUAUACUAUUUCAAAUGUGGAAUCUAGACCAUCGAAUUGAAAUUUCACGCACAGUCAUUCCUAAGAUACUAAGCGACGUACAUGCGAUUGUUAUUGCACAUGAAAAAUGCACCAAACAUAAACAACAACCAGCCAAAAUGCUAUCGGUUAUGGAAUAUUUUUUGGAACUAUUUACAGUGCAUAAUUUACGAUUGGUUCACAUUGUUUGCCAUGAUAAAGCCCACCAUGACACCAAAUCGAGCGGUACACUUUUAUGUGAUAAAUGUGCUGAAUUUAAAGCCAUUCAGAAAAUUUUGAAUAAAAUAAAAAGGUUUGAGGAUUGAAAAUCAAGGAGAAAUUAUCAUUUCAAUCAAUUUAAAGCAGAAUUUUGGGAUUUUGAAUAUAUUGAAAACAAAUAUUUACAAAAAAGCAGAUAUAUAAUACAUCAAGUUGUAGUUGAAUAAAAAUACUAUUUUCUUAUCCAGCAAACUAUUAUGAACUCUAUAUAUAUAUAUGUAUAGUGGAUGCUGUUUAUUGAAAAUUCCAGUAGAGCAACAGUUGUCAAUAAUUUAUAACCAAUAAAGUCUAUAUAUCAACAUGUGUUAUGAAUUACAUAAA